UAGCUAUAUGUUGAGCCCAAGUAUAACGGCUCUGAAAUCUGAACCCAUAAAUUUCUGAAGCUUGAAGAAAUUUUCCGCCUAUAGUAAUGCAUGAUUCUUCACAUAAUCACAUCACUUAGAAAUACAACUACUAUCAAAUGUUUAUUACAUACUCUAGAUUCAAAUCUGCCUUCACUUUUUCUCUCUCAAAACUUCUGAUUCACAAAUCUCACUCUCUAACUCCAUCAACUGAAUUUCCCGCCAAUUACAAACCAACUAAUUUUACCACAUUCUCUCUCCUGCUAAAAAAACGACCUCCUCUCCCACAACUGAAGCAAAUUCACGCCCAAAUUCUUUCCCAAUCUCUCUCCUCUGACCCUCACUUGGUUUCUUCUCUCAUCCAUUCUUAUCUCUCUUCUCACCUUCUAAAUUCUGCUACUUUUUUGUUUGAUAAUUAUCCUUCUUUCCCACCUUCUACUUUACUAUGGAAUUUAAUCAUAAGGGCUCACUCCAAAAUUCAAAAUUGUUUACAACCCAUAAAAUAUUUGAGUCAAAUGUUGUUAAAUGACGAAUCUUUUAUGGUUUUUCCUGAUGAUUAUACAUUUACAUUUGUAAUUACUUCUUGUUCACAACAUAGUUGUUCAUUGUAUGGAGAAAUUGUUCAUGGGAUGAUAAUGAAAUCUGGGUUUGCGUCUAAUUUGUUUGUUGGGAAUUCAUUGAUUAAUUUUUACUCGGGUUUUUCGAAAGCCGGUGAUGCACAUAAGGUGUUUGAUGAAUUGUCUGAGAGGGAUGUGUUUUCAUGGACUAGUCUCCUGGGUGGAUAUGCUAAACAUGGGGAUAUCAAUAAAUGUUGUGCUGUUUUUCAUGCAAUGCCUACGCGUAAUGAUGUGUCUUGGGUGGUUAUGAUUUCGGGUCUUGUUAGUAAUGAAAGGUACAUUGAAGCUCUGGAUUAUUUUCGUGGCAUGUUGAAGGAGAAUAAUGAGAUGAAGCCUAAUGAAGCUGUUAUUGUUUGUGCUUUAUCAGCCUGUGCUAAUUUGGGAGCUUUUGAUCAAGGUAAAUGGAUCCAUGUUUAUAUGGAGAGAAACAAUGUUUUUGAGACUACAAACAUUUGCACAGCUCUUAUUGACAUGUAUGCCAAGUGUGGGAGGAUAGACUGUGGGAUCCGAGUUUUCAACAGAAUUUCUAACCGGGAUGUUCACAAUUUCACCAGUAUGAUAUCUGGUUUGUCGAUUCAUGGUCUUGGAAAGGAUGCUAUGGGGGUUUUCUCGGAUAUGUUGGCUGAGGGUAUUAGACCAAAUGAGAUUACUAUGCUCAGUGUUUUGAAUGGUUGUAGCCAUUCAGGGUUAGUAGAGGAAGGCACCUCGAUUUUUAAUGACAUGGAAACUUUAUGGGGCAUUGUUCCAAAGAUUGAACACUAUGGGUGCUAUGUCGACUUACUAGCUCGUUCUGGUCAUCUGGAGAGAGCAUUUGAUGUUGCUAAGACCAUGCCUGUAGAACCUGAUGCUGCUAUAUGGAGGGCUUUGCUUAGUGGGUGCAGAACUCAUCGCAACAUUUAUCUAGGUGAGCAGAUCUUGAAUCAUGUUCGCGAACUUGGUUCAAGUGGCCAAGUUCUGCUGUCAAGUUUGUAUGCUUAUACGGGUAAAUGGGAGAGUGUUGUUUCAGCGAGGAAGCAAAUGGGUAAGAGAAGGAAUACAUCAGAACUUGGUUGCAGUUGGAUUGAGGUGGAUGGUGUUACUCAUGAGUUCCGAGUGGAUGAUCAACUACAUCCUCGGAUUGUGGAGAUUCGCGAAAAACUUGGUGAAAUUUUGAACAAGGCAAAGCUUGGGGGAUACAUCACUAAUACAAACAUGGUUACAUUUGACUUGAAUGAGGAAGACAAAGAGCAAGCUGUUUCUUUGCACAGUGAGAAGUUAGCUGUUGCGUUUGCAUUUCUGAGUACUAAAUCUGGGAAUGUAAUCAGAGUAAUGAAAAACCUGAGGACUUGUGAGGACUGUCACUUGGCUUUGAAAGCCAUCUCUCUUGUUUUUGACCGAGAAAUCAUUGUCCGAGAUCGGUCUCGUUUCCACACCUUUAAACAUGGGAAGUGUUCUUGCAAUGACUACUGGUAGUUAAAGCAUAAGCUAAAUUACAGACAUGGAGACAAUCCAGGUGCAAUGAGAUCAUUGCAUAUCUAGAAGUUAUUCCUUAAACGCGUUUCGCAGUAGCAUACUCAUUGCAUACAAAGCCUUUACAGUGAUAUCUGGACCAAGAUGUUUUACUGAUAAGAAGAUGAAACUUAGCUGAUUGGGGAUGUUUUGACCAAAUUUGAAGGCAUGAACACCAUCGAGCCACGCUCAUCAGGGUGGAUUGACGAUAUUUUUAUGUGAAACUAUUGGGUCAGAUCGUCUGACCCAAUAGGUUCCGUUGGACGGGGCACCAUGCUCCUAUACUUUCCUUUCUUCUUCCCUUGCAUCUGAAGAAGUCCCCUCGCCGGCAUUCGGGAAGUGACAAAGGUCGUCGGUGGUUCGCAGACGUUGUCGGAGGUCGCGUGCGAGGCUAGAGUCGCUCGCAUCUGAUGGUCUGUCAUCUACACUCUCUCUGUCAUGAAUAUCUAAAAUCUCAAUCUAUUUUGAAGCUUGCUUUAAACAUAUUACCUCAACGCACUUUCUCAAUUUCAACAUAUUUGGUACAUAUUUUAUCAAUCACAAAGCUCGAAGAUCACAUUAAUGGCAAAAAUUGAGGUGAACAUACAAUCACAACAUCAACUUGACGAACUCGCAGAUCC